AUGUAUGUUUAUAGUUCAUUAUUUUCUAUUUUCUUUAUCUUAUUGUUUUCUCAAUGUGUAAGUUUAUGUAAAAAUUUUCUUGUUCAACAUUGUACUGAUAUAACAAUUGGAUUCGAAUCUAUAUCAAAAAUUAAAUGUAUUCAACUUAUUCCUAUUCAAUUUGAUCUAUCAUUUGUCUACUCAGUAGAAAAUUAUAUUAUCUUAAAAAUUAAUAAAUGUUAUAAUAUUGUUUCAUAUAAUUCUUCACAAACAAUACUUUUUUCAAAUGAAUGCCGCGAAUUAUGUUUCGAACAAUAUUGUCUUCUCUUUGAUAAUCAAUCAAAUAGAUCAAUUAUUAAUAUAUUCUAUUCACAAUCAUUAAACUAUCAAGAAAUUAAUUCUAUAACAAAUAAUAUAUCAUCUUAUGAUUAUUUCUUAUUUGACAAAUGUAGUACAACAAAUCGUAUUAAUAAAAUAUUAAUUAUUAUUGUUUAUGUACUUGUUGCUAUUAUUGUUCUGUUAACAAUAGUAGUUAUUUUGAAAUAUUGUAUUAGUUAUAAAUUAAAAAAAGAUCCAAAUUAUGAUCCAUAUGCUUGGCGAUGGAUAAUUGAUUGUUUUUUAUGUCAAAUUCGUCAAGAAAAUGAACACGAAAGGAAUUCGAAUAUAAUAGAAGAUUAUAAUCAAUCAAGAAUAGAGGAAGAUCAAUCUUUUUCAAAAAACAAUCUUGUUAUUUCAAUACCAAUACAUACAAUAAUUCGUAAUAGUACGAAUAAUACUCAGGAACAACGAAAUCAUGAAAGUCAAACAAGUCGUUACAGUACUAAUCAACAUUAUCCUGGCGUUUUAUAUAGAAAUAGUAGUCAAGAUCAGUGUAAGAUUGACAGUACAGAAUAUCUUGGUUAUUACAAAGAUUUGGACGAUGAUAAUUUGCCAGAUGCUAUUGAAAAUCAUAAUCAUGUGUCAUUACGACCUCAGUCUCUACUUGAUAAAUCAUCAUCUGAAGUUCAUAAUGCUUUAUCAUUAAAAUCAAGUGCUAGUGAAUACGAAGUAUUAGAAGAUAACUCAUCUCCAUCAUUAAUAAUCAUUAGAUUAUGA